CGUGAGCAGGUGGACUACCGCACGAGAACACCCAUGACGGUUCACCAGUCCGUCGUGACGGAGCGAACUUGAGAGCGAAACUCGCAGGAAGAGCUCACUUCAGCGCUGAAUCGCGACGAUUAUGUGGAUCGCGUUCGACUCAGCUCGUUGAUCGUUCUUCUCUUCCUUUUUUUGGCUUUUAUCGGACUAUGGUCUACGGAUUAGGUGAUCUUGUUCUCCUCUGAUCCUGUAUUGAUUAUGUUCCGUCCGCUGUCGACGAAGAAGCUGCCGCGGUCCAAGAGCAAAGCGCAGCAGCGAUGGCGGCUGUUCCACGCCACGGACUUUCAAUCUUUAAUGUAUCCUUGCUUCACAUUCUGCCGUGUAAUCGGCAUAUUUCCAUACAAGAUCAAUGCAUCGGCCUUCUUGGGCUCCAAAGCGCGCUACAUCCUGUCCACCGUCGUUUUCAUGAUCUUCUGCGGCUACGGACUAGUAGUGUUAUAUCAGACCGACAUCGCCACAACGUUAAAGUACGAGAACGUGCCUAGCUCUCUUCAAGGUAAUUGCUACUUCAUCCUCGGCGGCAUCAUGGCAAUCGUCACGUACGUCAUGACUGGCCAACGAAUGCGUUUCCUUCAGGCACUUCAGGAUAUCUCGUCGAAACUACCGCCAGAGUCGUAUCACAAGCUGUCUUGGCUGAUCCACGCCAAGGAUAUCUUCGGCUUUUUCUUCCUGCUCAUCCAGGCGCCGAAUGUUUACUCGUCGAAUGUUUAUCAAGCCUUGGCGAAGGUGUACAUGUUGUACAUCACCCUACUGGUGUUUCAGAUCGACAUGUUGUACAUGAAUUGCGUGUGCGUACUGAAAGCCUGUUUCAAGCGGAUCAAUGACAAUCUGGCGAACUUGCGGGAGCUCGUGAUGAACGACGAGCCGCAUCUACUCAGGAGGAUCUAUCAUGAACAGAGAAAUCCAUUUCUGUUGAUGGAACUCAAGGCCCUGAAGAAAAGACAUCUGAUGGUCAGCGACACGGUGCAAAUGCUCAACUCGACCUUCAGUCUGCAGCUCCUCGCCACCGUGGUCAUGACCUUCGGUGAGGUCACUUUCAGUCUGUACUUCUACAUACUGCAAUGGCAGGGGAAACCCGCUAUAGACCCGGAGAAACGAAUCUGGUACUCGUACUUCAUCAUGUCCGUAGCGUAUUAUUCUAUAAAAAUGGCGCUGAUGGUAUGGGCCUGCGAGACCGGUAAGGAUCAGGCUGCGGAGAUCGGUACCACCGUGCAUGACGUACUCAUUAGCACCAGCGACAAGCAGAUCAAGGACGAGUUGCAGCUGUUCUCCUUGCAAAUACUGCAUCGUGAAAAUACAUUCUCCGCGAAAGGUCUCACUGUGGACGCGACACUUCUCACCGCGAUAGUGGGAAGCAUUACCACGUACCUGUUGAUCUUAAUACAGUUCUUGGUCACGGCGCAUGCUUGCGACAAAAACUCGUCAUCAAAUGUUACAGUAUUAUAAUUAAGAAACUCUGUAGACUCCUAAGAAACUAAACGUUAAUUAAAUUAAAUCUAAUUAAAUUAAACGAUAUAUCAUCGAACUAAUAUGUUAUUAAUAUUAAAAAAAAAUUUGGU